CACACACAUACACACCUUCACACACACUUUCACUGAGAGGAUGUUUCCAUUCAUUAACAAUUGGGAGGAUCUCCCACUGAAGGUUUUACCAGUAAAGGUCUCUGUGACUGUAGGACAACAGAAAUAGAAGACUUUAAAGAGUGUUUCUCUCUGCACGACCGCCAGCUGAAGGGAAAGAUCGAAGCCCGGGAGCUGAUCACAGUGAUGAGAUGCCUCGGGUCAAACCCCACCCCCUCCGAGGUCCAGCGACACCUGCUGAGCCACGCCACAGAUUGGGGAGGAGAGCUGGACUUCUCCACCUUCCUGAGCAUCAUGCACCGUCAGCUACAGCAGGAGGCGCCGGAGGAGGAGAUCCUGGAGGCCAUGAGGAUGGCUGACAAGGAGCAGAAGGGCUUCAUAUUGGCUUCCGAGCUGAGAGCCAAACUCACCGGGCUUGGAGAGAAGCUGACUGACAGAGAGGUGGACGAGCUGCUGAAGGAGGCGGGUGUUGGAGCUGACGGACGGGUCCACUGUGAGCAGUUUGCAAAAGCGGUGACUCGCUCCUCCACAAAGCGCUGACGUCACAAACAACAUCAUCACCGAGCAGCUCGCUAAAGUUUUUUGUCCUGUAAAAGUGAAACAUCGUUUGAAUAAACCUUCAAAAUCUCA